GCUUCCAUGUGCGUUCUGUUUCUGUUUCUGUCUCUGUCUCUCUCUCUCUCUCUCUCUCUGCGUGUGCGUCUCUCUCCCUCUCUUUCUAUCUUUCUCUUUUUCUCCGUUUCUCCUUUUCUCUUGGCCGACCUUGGUUCUGCAUCGAUGCCCAGCCCGCUUUCGAGAGUGUAUGACGACGACGACGCCGACGCUGCCGAAGCCGCCGAAUCGAGUCCGACGUACCCGAACUGGCGCCGUUGCACCACCCAUGGUGUCUUGCUGGGGUCAGACAGGCAGGGCCUCGACGCCGUUAGGGCUGAGAUCAGAGUGCUUGGAGACAUGUGCACGAUUGACGGCCGAUCCGUUUUGGGCCACGUUUCCUGCUCUGGCCACAUGAGGGCUGUGGGUGGAACUGGCCCAUGCUCUCUCCCCCCCCGUCUUUCUCUUGUGCUCGGAGCCGAAAUAAAGUACCGGGAGCGUUUUGUUUGUUUUGGUGUGCCAGGCCCGGUGCUGCUGCUGCUGCUGCAUGCUUCCCAAAGUCAAAAGGAGUCGGGUCCAAUGGAAUUGAGUUGGAGAGGGAAACCCAGGAGGGCUGCAUGCAGUCUUGGGCCCCUUGGCAGACAAGAAGGUUUUUGGGUUUCGUCGAUCCGUUCUUAGCGAGACUACCAAAUCCCCUCCCUCUUGGCGUCGGCACCAUGAGGGCAUCCGCACGGGAUCGUCACCUGGGAUCCUUUGGACGGAUUCCAUUGUCCUUACGCAUUCAUCCAUUACCCACGAAGCCUGAGUCAGGAUGGGGAUGCAGAUGGAAUGAAGAAAUUACGAAGUUGGAAAACAUAAAACAUGAAAACCAAAAUAGAAAUAGAACAAAACUUGUCUGAAAUUAACAAAAUGAAGAAGGGAAAAAACCAACCGACUAAACUGGGGGGAGAGAUAGAGAGAUGGAGAGACAGAGAUAGAGAGACAGAGAGACGGAGAGAUACAGAGACAGAGAGACAGAGAGAGGUUCUUAGCGCGCCUCCACUUUGCGAGACACCGAGAUGCCGGGAGAUGCCCUCGAGACAGGACGGUUGACGACUUGACCGAGGGCAACGGAUGAGAAGGAGACACAGAAACACUACAGACGGACAGACGGACAGACGGAC